CACAGACCAGUCUCAGCAAGAAGGUUAAACAACAUGGAAGGGUCAAUUUCAGGCAGAAACCUAACCGUUUUGUGGUUAAAGCCGCCGCUAAAGAUAUCGCCUUUGACCAACAUUCACGCUCCGCUAUGCAAGCCGGAAUUGAUAAACUUGCCGAUGCUGUUGGCCUCACUCUUGGACCCAGAGGGAGGAAUGUUGUGUUGGAUGAGUUUGGAAGUCCUAAGGUAGUUAAUGAUGGUGUGACAAUUGCAAGAGCUAUUGAGCUUCCUGAUCCCAUGGAAAAUGCUGGUGCAGCUCUUAUAAGGGAGGUUGCAAGUAAAACUAAUGACUCUGCUGGUGAUGGGACUACAACGGCUUCGAUUCUGGCUAGGGAAAUUAUUAAGCUUGGACUUCUCAAUGUAACAUCGGGUGCUAAUCCUGUGUCGAUCAAGAAAGGAAUUGAUAAAACUGUGGCGGCUUUGGUGGAAGAGCUUGAGAAGUUGGCUAGGCCUGUUAAAGGUGGAGAUGAUAUAAAAGCUGUUGCUACUAUUUCUGCUGGAAAUGAUGAGUUGAUUGGAAAAAUGAUUGCUGAAGCGAUUGACAAGGUUGGACCCGAUGGUCUUUUAUCCAUUGAGUCUUCUUCCUCGUUUGACACGACAGUUGAAGUUGAAGAAGGAAUGGAGAUUGAUAGAGGAUAUAUCUCCCCUCAGUUUGUAACAAAUCCAGAGAAAUCAAUUGUUGAAUUUGAGAACGCUAGAGUCUUGAUUACCGACCAGAAGAUUUCAGCAAUCAAAGAUAUCAUUCCUCUGCUGGAGAAAACCACUCAAUUGAGAGCCCCCUUGCUUAUCAUUUCUGAAGAUAUCACUGGUGGGGCUUUGGCGACCCUUGUUGUCAAUAAGCUGCGUGGUAUCCUUAAUGUCGCUGCCAUCAAAGCUCCAGGAUUUGGUGAAAGAAGAAAGGCCCUUCUUCAAGACAUUGCUAUAUUGACAGGUGCUGAGUUCCAAGCCAGUGAUCUGGGCCUUCUCGUUGAAAACACCACAAUUGAACAACUUGGUUUGGCCCGGAAGGUGACCAUCUCCAAGGAUUCUACCACUAUUAUUGCCGAUGCUGCAUCAAAGGAUGAGUUGCAAGCCAGGGUUGCACAACUAAAGAAAGAGUUGUCUGAGACAGACUCAAUUUAUGAUUCUGAGAAACUCGCCGAGAGAAUUGCUAAGUUGUCUGGUGGAGUUGCUGUCAUCAAGGUCGGUGCUGCCACAGAGACCGAACUGGAGGAUCCAUCUCCAGAGUUUCCUUCAGUGGAUGAUCAACAAAAAGGUGGUAAGCAAGAAGUUCCAGGAAUGAAAACAGUACAGACAGUUUUGGAGCGAACUGCAACACCUGUGGUCUAUAAUGAUAUGCCUGAUGCCUUCUGUCUUAAGGAUUCUCUAACCGCUGUCCGCAAUGCUACACAAGCUGCCGAUCGCAUACAUCGAGUAUUCAGAAUGCAGUCCUUUCAGAGGAAGCAGUUAACUCAGUAUGAGGAUGAUGAGUUUGGUUUGUUAGAUCAGAGGGUUCUUUCCCUACUAACUUCUAAGUCGUGCAAAUCAGGACAAGGAGAUGGUUUAUUCAAUACUGCUGCAACAACAACACACAAAAAUCAGUCCAAUUCCAAAAAAAAGGGAAAACAUAUAUUCAAGUGA